AAAGAGAAAUACUCAAAAUUAUUUUUUUUUCAUAAUUUGCGUUUGUUUUCAAGAAAACAAGCGAAAGCGCGACCUUUAUUUAAUAAGUGAGCGUUUUCAUAAAUAUGGAAAAUCUCUGAGAAAAUAUCUGAUGACAGUCCGAUAAAAAUUGCAGCAUCCUCUCACCCUGUAUAUGAAUAGUAAACCACAGUCACGGCCGCCUUUAUAGCUCGAUUUUGAAACGAAAAAACCAGUGGCGUGCCCAAUUUUUUGGGAAAAUUGUCACGUGGCGGUCGGGGGUGGGGGUUAUCUCCCCCGUUUAUAACCCCCAUGUCAAUGUGAAAAUGAUCAAGUGUGCUGUGAGUCAGACGGCGAGAGGAGGGAGAGAAAUCGCGACAUCGUGGUGAUUGAAGAAAAUCUGACAGUAGUGUAUAUCGCGACGCUCGUUUGUUUUCGAUUACGCUGCCAACUAUGUGAGACAGACGCCGGCUGUUUUUCUCUUAAUUUGUUUCCUAUUGCGACUGUGAUAUUUUUCGUUAUGGUUUAGAGGGAAAAUUGAGGUUUGGGCGCCGAAAUGGGACUCUUGCCGAAACUCGUACACAAAUUUUGGGAGUACGGCGCUGGAAGGACGGCCCUUGCCGCCUUCUGUGCCCACUCUGUCUCGAUCUCCAUCGGGAUCUGUCAAGGCUACAGCGCGAUUUUGAUCCCUCAACUCACCUCCUCGGACACCAUCCACGUGGAUUCGGAAGAGAGCUCCUGGCUCGCAAGUCUCGGUGCUGUGACCAAUCCAAUUGGCUCGAUCCUUUCCGGAUUGCUGGCAGAGUACUUUGGCAGAAAAAGGUCCAUUCAGAUCAGCAGUGUGCCGUUUCUGGCAGGAUGGCUGUGCAUUGCUUUGGCCGACAACAUCACCUGGCUGUACGUCGGGCGUCUCGUCACCGGCAUAGCCGCAGGAAUGUCGACAGCGUGCUACACCUACGUGAGCGAGAUCUCGACUCCCGAAAACCGGGGAAUCCUGCAAUCGCUGGGCCCCAUCUGCGCCUCCUUCGGGAUUUUACUCACUUACACACUUGGUUACGUCCUCUCGUGGUCAACUGUUGCUUUUUUGAGCGUUUCAUUUGCUUUAUUUACGCUAAUUGCGGUCGAGUUUCUUCCGGAAAGUCCCUCGUAUUUAAUUAAGGCCGGGCUUCACUCCAAAGCUUUCGAUAGUUAUUUUUGGUUUCGGCGAAACGUAGCUUUGGCACAAACCGAAGUUUCUAAACACGCUUCAAGUGAGAAAAUCGAAAUUAGCGCCAAAGAAAUCUACUGCAGUGCUGCCACCAUUAAACCGUUCCUCAUCCUUGUCACUUUGUUCUUUCUCCAACAAUUAUCGGGGAUUUACACGAUUCUUUUUUACGCUGUGAAUUUCUUCGAAGAGACUGAUCUCGAACUGGACAAUUACGUGUCUUCGAUCAUUGUCGGGGCGAUUCGGUUCGGGAUGUCAAUGGUGACUGCGAUUCUAGUGAAUAGGUUCGGCCGUCGCCUACUUUGCAUGGCCUCGAGCGGGGGGAUGAGCGUUGCAAUGUUGGCAAUGGUCGUUUAUUUCAAAUACUACGAGAUGCAUGCGGGGGAAGUACGGGUUUUGCCGGUACUUCCCCUGGUGUGUGUCGUCUUCAAUGUGAUGUUCUCCAUGGUGGGGAUGCUCCCGAUUCCGUGGAUUCUGGUCGGGGAGUUGUUCCCGCUGGAAGUUAGGUCCAUCAUGAGCGGGAUUGUCAUCUGCAUAGCGCAGUGUUUUGUCUUCCUGUUUGUCAAAAUCUACCCUGAUAUGAUCGAACAUUUGAAUUUCAGCGGCACUUUGAUGACUUUUUUGUUGGCAGCAGUGGUCGCGCUGUUUUUCUGUAAAUUUGUGUUGCCCGAAACUAAGAACAAAUCCUUGCAGGAGAUUGAGGAUUAUUUCAAACGCAAGAAGGUUUUGGAUGGGUUUGAUAACCAAGGGUUUUGCCCGGAAGUGAUAAAAAACGAGGGGAUUUACACGGUGCAGAUACAGACAUGACGUAAUUACUUUCAACUAGUUGGAAAAAACUUAGUUCUUAUAGAACCGACGGUGAUUGAUUGUACAAACAACUAUUUUUGUAUUUAAUUGAUGAAUAAAAUUAUUUAUUUUU